GUCUGUACGCCUCUGUCUGCUGCUCUGGCGGACUCGGCUCUUCAACCCUGACAGACUGAGCGGAGCAGAGUGCGCUGCAGUGAUCUACCUUUUUGGUUUGAACUUCGUGUGGACGCAAACUCUACCGCGUAACAAGAAGUGUUUUUGAACAGUUUUUUUGAGGGGGGGCUUUGCACAAGAGAGACACGCUCACAAAGUGGAUAAAAAGUUUGGGUAGAAGCUGCUUGAGCGCAUUCCAGCGGACUUUGGAUUACUUUACUAAGACUUUGAGGACUGUCAUCACUAUGCUGCCUUACUUUCUGCUCGUCUUCCUCUCACCUGGUCUGGUGGUAUCCUCUGACUGCCCGACAGACUGUAGCUGCCCUAACCGGGACUCGAUCUUCUGCAUUAAUCGUCGCUCCAACACUGUGCCCCGUGUCUCCACCACGACCCAAAAUCUCUACAUCUUCCAGAAUGGUAUUGACAAUUUGUCACAAGAUGACUUCAAAGGCUUGGGAGAGUUGGAGAUGCUAGAUCUGAGCCAGAAUGAGCUGGAAGAGAUUCCAGACGGUGUGUUUGAGAUGCUGUCAAAGUUGAAGAACUUAGACCUGUCUUCUAACCACAUUACCCACAUUACCAAAGGCAGUUUUUCUGGGCUGGUCCAGCUGGAAAGGCUGUAUCUCCAUGCGAACCGCAUUCAGAGUAUCCAUUUUGAAGCUUUUGAAAGUUUAGGGAUGCUGCUAGAACUCAAACUCCAAGCAAACCAGCUUACUUCUCUACCAUCCCUUCAUUUCCCCCGGCUUCUGCUUCUAGACCUCAGCUACAACAACAUCCCAGCCCUAGGACCCUCAGACCUUCAGACUCCCCACCUGGAAGCCCUAAAGGUGGCAUCUCUGGGACUUACCUCUGUUGAUGAGGAUCUCAUAGCUUCUUUGGGGAACCUCCAUGAGCUCGACAUCUCCACAAACAAGUUAACCGAGGUGCCCCAGGCUCUAAAGCAGGACUCCCUCAAGGGGCUGAUCAAGCUCAGCCUAGCUGCCAACUCAUUGGGUGAGCUCAGAGUCGAGGACUUUCAGAAACUGACUGGACUUCAAGAAUUGGAUCUUAGUGGACUUAAUCUUCAGGGUUUUCCCCAGAGUUUUUUCCAGACCUUCCCUAGGUUGACACAACUGACAGCAGCUGAGAACCCAUUUAACUGCAAGUGUCCAUUAGCCUGGUUCCCUGUCUGGCUGAAUGAGAAGGAAGUGAUUCUUGGGAGGCCUGAGGAAACCAGAUGUCACUUCCCUCUAGUUAAUGCUGGGAAGAUGCUUUCAGCACUGGAGCAAAAGGAUUUUGGGUGUCCACCUACCACAACAGUGUUGAUUGGCUCCCCCAUUGGAAGUACUCUUGUUCCCCAGAUGCCCACCACAUCUCCAGAAACCACCCAUACAAAUGCUAUUCCUCCUCCUCCUCCACCUAGUGAGGAAACUGUCCCCUCAAAAACCUCCUAUCCCCUUCCGCCAGAACCUCCAGUCUCCCCUAGCUCGACCAGUGGGGAAUAUGAGCCACACAUCUGCCCACCAAACAUCUGCCUCAAUGGGGGCACUUGUAAUUUUGAUCCACAGGGUCAACUCAGCUGUCUGUGUCCCUCUGAAACUUCUGGCCUGUACUGCGAAAAUGUGGAUGAGGUCCCGGAGCCACCAAAACCUUCAGCAACAGAGGUUUCAGUAGUUGCCCCUGUGAUUCCCGCUGAACUUGAUGCUAUCAGCUCACGGCAGGUGACCUCCACAUCUAUCCUUCUUGACCUGCACCGCUUCAUCGAGACACGCCCACACAUCCGUGGCAUCAGGCUGACCUAUCGUAACCUUUCAGGGCCUGACCGUCGCCCCAUUAUCCUGAGUGUACCGGCAUCCUACCCUGAGUACACUUUACGUGGUUUGAGACCAAACUGUACUUACUCCAUCUGUGCCAGUCCCCUGGGUGAAAAAAUCAAUUCUAGGGCAAACAGCUCUGUAGAAACGCGUUCAUGUACAGAGGCUCGCACUGAAGGGGUGGCACAGACACUCCCAGGGCACUGGGUGGACCCACCAAGCCCUCUGACAUACACUCUCAUCCCUGCCUUGGCUGCCCUGGCACUUGUGUUGGGGUUGGUUGUGGUGGCUGGGACAAUCAUUUGUGUGCGAAAGAGGAGGCAGGAUUUGGAACUGGGCCCGGCUGAUCCAGAUCCGAUGGAACUGGAGGGGAUAAAGGCCUGUCUGGAGAAUGGGGGAAAUGGUACACUGCCCCACAAACAGCCUGAGAUUGAUCGCUGUCACACUCCUCAGCCACCUCCAUCCUUACAGCGAAAUGGGUGUUUGGACUAUGAGGUACCUUUGAUGCAAGGACACUGUCCAUCAAAUAACAAUCUAGCAUCUCUAAAGCCAUCAUAUUUCUAAGAUACAAUAAAAUACAAACACUUGGAAAGAAUUUGCAGAGAGUGGGCUUGCCCAUGUGGACUUGUGAGGUCCUGCUAUGGCUCACAUAGUGUGUAAAAAUCUAAUUUUCAUUCCAAUUUCAGAUAUCCACAAUUUGAAAAGUGGCACUUAAUAUCCUUUGCUGUCCAAAUGAUAACACUACAGACUGGAUCAUCUACUUUUGAUAAAGAGAUGCUGAAUGAUGAAUUU